AGAUAUUAUUCAUCUUUUUUUUUCCCUCUACAAUUUUCUUCCCCUAUUUUUGUCAACUAAGCAAUAAAGGAGAAAAUUAUGACGGAAAAGAUAUAUACUUGGUGAUUAAAAGAAAGGAUUGAUCCCUGCCUGCCUUUUUUAUUACGAAAAAAUCAAAACACCGCGUGAGGCGCGUUCAGUUUCUUUCGGUGUACAUUUUGAGUUUUGACAGAGUCUAAAAGUCUUACUAGUCUUCAGUCUUAGCUCACUAAAAUAACACUCUGUUUCUUAGGUUGCUUCCUCUCCAAGCCCCACAACAAUUUAGUACUAACACUUGCACUUGCCACUCAAAAUACUCCUACUUUUUUCCAAACGUGUUUAUUUAUAUUUUUCAAAUUCAAUUACUUGGGUAACCAUCUCACUACUACAACUACUUUUUCCCACGCAACUUCCUAAUUUCUUUCCCUUUAUAUAAUCCCACAAACUUCUCCAUUCACUCUCAUUCACUACUAAAAAUCUUCAAUACUUUCAUAUUCUUUUAACACUUAUUAAAUCAACAAAUUUUAUUCGAACAUUGAUAUGGCUCUUGAAGCUUUGAAUUCUCCAACUGCUACCUCAAAUCCGUCGUCGUUUCAAUUUGAAAGCAACGGACAGCAGCUUCGUUACCUUGAAAAUUGGACUAAAGGAAAGCGAUCUAAAAGGUCACGUAGUAUGGAGCGCCAGCCUACUGAGGAGGAAUAUUUAGCUCUUUGUUUGAUUAUGCUUGCGCGUAGCGAUGGCUCUGUUAAUCAGGUACGAUCUCUACCACCGCCGGUGCCAGUGAUGAAAAGCCACGCGCCGUCGUCGGCGGCGGAGAAGAUGGAGGAGAAGAUGUUGUAUAAGUGUUCGGUUUGUGGUAAGGGAUUUGGAUCUUAUCAAGCUUUAGGAGGACAUAAAGCUAGUCACCGGAAACUCGUCGCCGUCGGAGGCGGCGGCAACGGAGGAGGAGAUGAUCAGUCUACUACCUCUACUACUACUAACGCCACCGGAACUACUAGCUCCGGUAACGCUAGUGGAAGGACUCAUGAGUGUUCGAUUUGUCACAAGUGUUUUCCUACUGGACAAGCUUUGGGAGGACACAAAAGAUGCCACUACGACGGUGGCAACGGUAACGGAAACGCUAACAGUAGCGUUAGCGCUAGCGUUGGAGUGACGUCGUCAGAGGGCGUUGGCUCUACAAUCAGCCACCGUGACUUUGACUUGAACAUUCCGCCGUUGCCGGAAUUCUGGCCUGGAUUUGGUUCCGGCGAGGAUGAAGUGGAGAGUCCUCAUCCGGCGAAGAAAUCACGGCUAUCUCUGCCUCCAAAAUUUGAUUUAUUCCAACAUUAAUGGGACUUUGAUUGCUAGGAUUCUCGAAUUCUGUAGACAAAUUAUAUGUAAUUUUUUUUCUUUUCAUUGUGGGUGGGAGCAAAUUUUUAAAAUUCUAUAUGUAUAUAGGACCAAGCUAGUUCUAUAGAAAAUUCAAUUGAUUGAUUUAUUUUUUGUGGAA